CGCAAGCCGCUGACCUAGUUCUUGGGACUUGUUUAUAAGUUGUGCCUUAUUUCUUGGCUUGCCUGUGUGAUUUCCUUAUUAGAAUGUCGGGAAUUUUAGCUAUCCGAAUGAAUACGAGAAUGUUAGCUUGUUGCGUCUCGCUGCAGAAAAGAUUGCUUGCGCAAACUGUCGCCAAGAGCACCACUGCGAGCGUGUUGACAGAACGACGAUUUAGUGUUGAACGCGGUCAGCCUCCAACUUCAAAUUCGCCAACAGUCAUACAGUUAGUUAGAUGCUAUUCUACACACGACUAUGAAAUGACUUAUGAAGAGCUGAAAGCACUGUUGAAUACCGGUGGUGUACAGCUGUUUGAUGUUCGAGAACCAAGUGAGAUAGAAAGAGACGGCGAAGUACUCCAGAAUGCAGCAAAUUUACCGCUUGGGCAGGUUAAGGAAGCUCUGGUAAUGACUGAGGAGGCAUUUGCUGAGAAGUAUAAGUGUGCAAGGCCACAGAAGUGGGACGCUAAUGUCAUCUUCUACGGACUAGGACCCAUCAAGAGCACCGCUGCUGUUGAGCUUGCACACAAGGCUGGAUACACAAAAGCAAGACAUUAUCCCGGCGGGAUAGCGGAGUGGAAGUCAAAGCAUUGAAAGCGGUGAGACGUUCCAGUGAAAGCUGGCAAGAGCGUGUGAACUGCUCACUGUGUAGCACUUACACAGUGAUCAUAAUCGUGGUUUCUUGCUGAUUUUUCUUAAUGAAGAUUUAACAAUCAUGCUACAGCCACAACAUUAACACCACAGUAGCUAAAUUACGUAAGUAGUUUUAAGUAAUUAUUCUAAUUAAACUGAAAUGUUAUUUACAGUCAGUAGCCUUGAUGCUAGUCACCUUUGAAGCGAGGUUUCCUAUUAACCGAUAUUGCCUCGCAUGUAUACCUGCCUGUGCCAAAACACCAUUAUACUUCAUGUAUAGGAUGUAUUGCUUGUGAAAGGUUUCUAAGCUUAAUAUGGCCAUUUUACUUGCUGCUGUGGUUUAGCUGAACUGCAGGGUUCAGACUAGUAUCAGUAUUUGGGUAAGUGUGGGGUAGAAGCGUUUAUUUAGGAUGAAGCAUGGUUAGCACAGUAGUGUUCCGAUCAGAGACCUAACACUAUAACUGCAGUGCUAUGGUCUCUGCUACAUACGGUGUGUGUAAUGUGGGGUUAUGAUGUUGAACGUGUUGGCAGGAGUGCUGCAGUGUUUUUGAAGCUGCUUAUCUUCCCAGCACAUUGAAGAGUAAUAUCUGACGUGCGUUAGAAUUUGAUGUAUUUCUAGUAAGGUGAAGGCGGUGGAAAGUGGUGCUAAAAGUAGUUGCAUGAUAUUCGAGUAGGGAGUCAUUCUAGAUACAACAAUGUAACCCAAACACAGAAUAGGGGGGGGGGGGAUUUAGUACCCCUAUCCUGUGUUUGGGUUACAUUAUUGUAUCUAGGAGGCAUUCAUGCAGACAUGGUGGAGGCUGUAUCAGGAUAUAGAUGAUAUACAGAUCAUAUGGAGAAAUGGGUGAGUAGGGUAAUAUCAGGGGUUGAUAAUGACACAUUUGUCAUUAUCAACCCCUGGUAAUAUCAAAUGCGGCUAUAAUAGCUGAUACUACUGUUGUGAUGUCGUGAGAUUUUACUGUGCAUGGUGGGUUGUGGCAUGCAUGGCCAAACUACUAGUACAGAGUAAGUUUAUUUCAGCUGAAACAAAUGAUAGUCAAUAGUAUUUGGGGAUCUCCACGGCCCCUUCGCAUCUCGCGUUUGAAGCGAAUUUGCGACCUUGAAUCCUCCGACAAGUCUUAAUUACCAGCUGUAGUUACUUUUGGUAAACCCAACUCGUGUUUUCACUGGCUGAGUUAUGUCUCCGAACUGAUCGAGGUAACGUUUGGGCCACUUGUGACAGACGUAAUUGACCCUCGAUACAGUCCCCUCCCCCCCAUCCGUCCAUAAGCGACAUGCCUUCUGGAGUCUCUGGAGAGAACCCUGUUAUUGAUGUAGAAUAUUCUAGGUUUUUGUUAUCCGUGGUGUCAUGAAUGUCGUGCGAUUUUUCCAUGAGAUAACGGAUAGCAGCAAGAUUGUCAGGUAAGGAAUGGUACGGCCGGGUAUGUGCCAACAAGGCCCAACAUUUAAUAUUUUUGCAAUGAUACAAUGUAAGUAUUCAAUAAAUAGCAAGUAAAAUAGACUGUAGUUGAUGAAACAGGA